CCAUCCUCCACACAGCCACGGUAGGAACACCUUGUCCCAGGCUGUCCUUCAGUCCGGGUUCUCCUCCUCGGGUCUAUCCGCAGUGGUUCCUCUCCGCUGGGUUCGUCUGUCCUUGUCAGAGAUAAAAGAUAAGAUGGCCACCUCCUCCUCCGCUCUGGAAGAAGACGAGAGUUUGAAAGGCUGUGAAAUCUUCGUGCAGAAGCACAACAUCCAGCAGAUCCUCAAAGAGUGCAUCGUGAACCUCUGCAUCGCUAAGCCUGAGCGUCCUAUGAAGUUCCUGCGGGAGCAUUUUGAAAAGCUGGAGAAGGAAGAAUGCAAGCAGAUCAUGGCACGGCAGAAAUCUAACAGCCAGUCAGACUCACACGAUGAUGAGGUUUCUCCCCCGCCUCCCAACCCCGUCGUCAAGGCCCGCCGUCGCCGGGGAGGAGUCAGCGCCGAGGUCUACACCGAGGAGGACGCCGUCAGCUACGUACGCAAGGUGAUUCCCAAAGACUACAAGACCAUGACUGCUCUGGCCAAGGCCAUCUCCAAGAACGUGCUGUUUGCUCACCUGGAUGACAACGAGAGAAGCGACAUAUUUGAUGCCAUGUUCCCGGUCACCCACAUCGCAGGAGAAACAGUCAUCCAGCAAGGUGAUGAAGGAGACAACUUCUAUGUGAUUGACCAGGGUGAAGUGGAUGUGUAUGUGAAUGGUGAGUGGGUGACCAGCAUUGGAGAAGGAGGUAGCUUUGGAGAGCUGGCCCUGAUCUAUGGAACCCCCAGAGCUGCCACCGUCAAGGCCAAGACUGACCUCAAACUGUGGGGCAUCGACCGGGACAGCUACCGGCGCAUCCUCAUGGGCAGCACACUGAGGAAGAGGAAGAUGUAUGAGGAGUUCCUGAGCAAGGUCUCCAUCCUCGAGUCUUUGGAUAAGUGGGAGCGUCUGACUGUGGCUGAUGCUCUGGAGCCCGUUCAGUUCGAGGAUGGAGAGAAGAUCGUGGUGCAGGGAGAACCUGGUGAUGACUUCUUCAUUAUCACAGAGGGUAUCGCCUCUGUUCUGCAGCGCCGCUCUGACAACGAGGAGUACGUGGAGGUGGGGCGCCUCGGACCCUCCGACUACUUUGGUGAGAUCGCCCUGCUCCUGAACCGGCCCAGGGCGGCCACCGUCGUCGCCCGCGGGCCCCUGAAGUGUGUGAAGCUGGACCGGCCUCGCUUUGAGCGCGUUCUGGGGCCGUGCUCAGAGAUCCUGAAGAGGAACAUCCAGAGAUACAACAGCUUCAUCUCCCUCACCGUGUGACGGGUCGGCCCGUUCUCCACCAGCAGAGGAGUUCUACAUCAGCAUCGGGGUUUUGGUCGGUGGGUGGGAGGGAGGGAGGAGUGGGGGUGCAGGGUGAAGGACUCAGGCUUCACAUCCACAGGGCGCUCAUUGCCUGCCUUUUUCCAUUUUGCGCGUUUCUUUCUGUUGACCUUGUGCACUUUGAUCUGUGCUGUCACGUAGCUUUAUGUCAGAACCAACAUGCAGGUGUUUGCUGUGAGAGGAUCAUUUCCAUAAAUGAUGUGAAGGAGCCGACUGUACCUGAUGCAUGCUCCAGGACUGACAACCAAGGAUGUUUGCACUUUCAUUCUUUUAUGAAGGAUAAAUUCAGGAAGUAAGAAGGAAGUGAAGUCAUGUCUGCAUACGGCGGGGCGAAGGUAGCGCACAUGUCUCUGCUCGCUGGCUGUGCUUUGCCUUCUUUUCACUUGGGGGUGUCCGUGGAGCCGUUUAGGUCCAAUCUGACACCAACCUCUGUUCCCUCAAACGUAGCUGUAGAGGUCUGAAGAUGUUCAUUCAUUCACAAAGCUUCUUAAAUGUGCUGUUACUGCUGACAUCAGUUGGAGGCAGCUGUGUGUUGAGUUAAACGUUAACUCUGUCGACUAAUCCAUGAAAAGACCAGAACCAACAGCAGAUUGUUUGGAGGCUUGAACUUAUUUAGGAGCAGCUCCACAGACUCCUCAUGGUGGUCCAUCUGCAGCCUCUGGUCUGUAACGCCGCCGUAAACUCUUUCUUCUUCAGCUUUUCACUCUUUUUACUCUGAUAUUCAUUUUAUCAGCGUGCACAGUGAAAAGUUAGAAUGAUCUGAUUUUUAUAACAAAGGUGACAUAAGAAAUGAAAUGUUCUUUCCUUGGCAUCAGGUCUGCAUUUCUGGACCACGUGAUCUUCAGCUUUUCUCCUGCUGUCUGUCAGAUCGGUUCAUCCUGAACUAUUUCAUUCAUUACAAACUAUUCUGACAUUUGGUUUAUUGGUUUGAGUAAAUUCUGAGUUCUCUGACUGCAGCUCGUUAGGUGUGAACAUUUCCUGGUUUAUUUGCUCCUCUGUGGCAGCAGACGGACCUUCUGUGUGUGUGAACAACCAAACAACUAAUGCAGGUUAAACUGAUCAUUAGUUGUAACCCUGUUCUAAGGAAAAUCUCCAGUUUUCUUGUCCCUUUUCAGCAGCAGCCUGUGGAGCUGUGUCUAAACAUGUUACUGUGCUCGUAUUUUUAGUGAUAAAUGAAGAAAUAAGACUCAGUGAUGUGUUUCAUCUUUUUUCUGUGAGCUAAAUGACACCUUUGAUGAAACGUAUUCUUUGGAUCAAUCGUUGCUGCUUUUGGUCUUUUCAUGACAUUUGUUGGCAAUAAGAAAAUCUAGAAAAUCUCUGAAGUUUAAGGUUUUACAGGUAUGUAGCGUGUGCAGCCAAAUGAAUUCCCAGCUGCUUCUUUCAGUAGAAACCCUCUUUAUUCUGAUCUGUGAGCCGUGGAUCCGCUCUGCAGAGUCUGAAACAGCCGUCCUGGAAACGCCGACUCUGUCUCAGGACUAAACCUUCAACACACGUCUGACGCUUUUCUAAGCCGGUUUACUUCCACGUUUGUUGCUAUGAAAGCUUUUGCACCACUUUAGAGUUUGUAUCAUUGGGUCAGUGCACCGCUUUGAUUUCGCUGUUUUUAAGACAUGAAUUCUGUGUUCCAAAUAAGAGUUUUAAAAGUAGAAACUUGUGUUGCUUUCCUUUGAUCAGCUGCAGUCUGAUGUUGGAGAAAUGGGACCUAAAGGAGAAAAUCUUGUAAAAUCUGUGUUCUCUCUCUCUGUAUCGUUUUCUUUCAACUAUCAAACCAUCUUGAGCAAAUAAAGAUAAGCUUCUGAAA